AUGUGUGAAAGCUCAAGAGGAGGAUUAUCAGGGGAUCUAAAUCCGGGCAAUUCAUUCUUACACGACAUACGAAACAUACAAAUCGUUAUGAUUACACAUAAUAUGGACAUUCUACAACCGAUUCUUCAAAAGAUUAGAUACAUAAAACAGAGAGUUCUAAGUACCAGAAUCAACAUUAUCAUAGAAUAUCAUAGAGAAUUAAGUGUGCCUGUCCAAGAAACUUUAUCAAUGAGGAAUAAGACAUUUAGCACCAGAGUAAAAAGUCGAGCAAAAUAUCUCCUGAACCUCCAAGGGGGAAGUGCGGGAAAUCCAUACUCGUCCUUAUCAUAUAAGGCAUACAAUUCGGUCAACAUGGGUAGAAACCAUGCGCAUAUUAGGAGCAGUGAGUACUAG